GCCGGGAAUGGCAACGGCUGCUGCGAGCCGCGUCCUUCUAGGCCGCUCGGGGCGGGCCUCGCGCUGCCCUUCCUGCCCCCGUUGUUGCUCCUCGUCGCCCGCCUCGUCCCCCGGAGGCUUCUCGCGCGCUGAAGGGCCGGAAAGGGAGGCCGCGCCCCCGCCCCCAGAAAGCCGGGCUUCAGGAUUUUAUCCUCCUUCACAUUCUUGCCAUGAUUGGAUUGGUCCUCCUGAUCGAUGUUCAAACCUCCGUCCAGUAAUAUUUUAUAUUCCUAAACAUGAAUCUCAAUUGGAGCGAAGACUUCGAGAGCUCAGACAGGAGACACAGGUUUGGAAUCAACAAUUCUGGGCAAACCAGAAUAUAUCAUUUAGAAAGGAGAAAGAAGAAUUUGUUUGCUCCAGGUUGAAAGCCAAAGGUGUCCAACUCAGAGAUGAAAGAGGCCGGAAAGCAACAUUGAAUGCAGAAGAAAUGGCUGAAUUUUACAAAGAUUUUCUAAAUAAAAACUUUAAAAAACAUAUAUGCUACAACAGGGAUUGGUACAAACGGAAUUUUGUCAUCACAUUCCUCAUGGGCCAAGUGGCAUUUGAGAAGGCUUGGAGAAGAUUUGGAUUGAAAAAGACUAAAGAUGAAAAUUAGCAAGUCACAACAUUGGGUAUAUUUGUUAAAAGACCUGACUAUUACUGGAUUCUAUUCUACUGUGACUGUUCCUUAGAUUCUCACAUUUGAAGCUACAUCCACACAAGUUGAGUUGGGUCUUCCGCUAUAAAGCCAACUGGUACUGUUUCAUCUACAGCAUCAUACUAGUUGAAAGCUAACAUGGUGAUAUAACUGUACAUAAUAGUGGCAUAUUUAUCUCUGAUUUGAAAAAUCAGUUUGCACGUUCCAUUGUAUUAGUUGUCAUCUUGAUCUGCAAGCUGUUCCGUACUGGUUGUGUUUUGUAAUAAGAACCAGGAAGGUACACAUGAGCUACGUUGCAGGCAUAUUUGGGAGGCAGGCAGACAGUUUCUAUGAUAUAAGCAAAGAUGUGAUGUGAAUGAUGGUGAUACAAGUGCAUAAAGUCAGUACUUAAAUGACGUAUCACAAGAGAAUACAAAAUUAGUUCUAAAGAGCUUUAUAAAAGUAUUUUAUCUGUAGACACUUUGUCAAGUUAUUUCUUAGUUCAUAAUAAAUCCACACCCUUAGCUCUCCUGGAAAUUAGGUAAACCCAAGUAAAUGCUCUUCUCACUGGUGACAUAGACUACAUUGUGCUGAUUGAUUGAUUUUUAAUUAUUUCCCUGUAUUCCAGCCGUCAUUCAUGGUUCUGCUAAGUCAGAGAAAGAAUUGAUUUGCUCAGAGAUGUAAGAGUGCUUGUAAACAUUAGUCCACAUUGGUAAUUACUUUUGGAUCACAUAUUGAUCACAGUAGGUGCUUCAUCCUGCAUUCCUAGAAGGACAAAGGAUGGCUGAGUGUUAAUGAUGUGUUACCGUUUAAGAAUGGUCUUCUAGAUUAACAUUGUACAUUGAGCCAGAAUUCUACCUUGCAUGUCAGUUAGGCUGUGUCGGGACAGAUCAUUAAUGGUCUUGUUUUAAGCAGCAUUCACUCUGUGUCACUUACUGCAGUACAUGGAAGGAGAUGAGUCCAGUUAGAUAUGGCUAUGUACCAAAUUUAGUUUUUCAGGGAAGCCCAUACUGUGUUCUCCCUCCAGCAUCAAAUGAUAGUGAGUUUUAUCCAUACAUUAAUACCUCAGGAUACAAAGCUGAAAGAAAAUUCUCUCCCCGCAUUUUUUUUUUAGCAACACUGCAUUUUCUGGACUUCUCCAGCACAUGUAAAGCUUUCACCCCUCCAGAGCAAUUGAAGAAGGCAAAACUUAAUAAUCCUUCUGAGAUUUUUUAUAUUUUUUAUGAAUGCUAUUGAGGUAUCCAUGCCUUUAGAAUAAUAUCACUCAUUAGUUAAGGAGUAGGCCCUGCCCCCUAGUGGAGGGCCAUGUGAACGCAUGCCAGUCUAAAGCCAUGAUUUUUUUGCAGGAGGUCAUGACUUUGUCUGUCUAAUUUUACUUAAUUGCUGAAGAUGAGUUGGAAAACGUGACUUCGUAGGAAGGAUAUUCAUUUCCCUCUAGACAGAAUCCAGUUGUGUUUCCUGCACUGACAAUGUCCUUGUGAAUGAGGGCAAUCAUGUGUAUUGGCUGUAUAAAUAAAAAAGCAUGCUGUGCAUUAUAUUUCAGAAUAUUUAUCUGCUUUAAUUAUGCAGAAGAUGAGGACUUCACAAGCAAAUAUGUAUAUCCAAGUUAAUUACCCUAAUUUGGGCCUUAGGAUUUUCUCCCUUUCUUUCUCUUUACUUUUUAAACAAAAAUGAAACUCAGUGUCAGCCUGCUGUGCUAAAUUACAUCAAAACAUUCUUGUAUGUUUUUGUGCAGAUGCUGAUAUGCAAAGAAUUAUAUAUACUUGCAUAUUAUAUAUUAUAUUACACACACACACAUAUAUACAUAUAUACACACAUACACACACACACACACACACACACAAUCACUUCCCUUUCAUAUAGCAGUAAUUUUAAAUUAUUCCUUGAGCCUAUGGUUGAAGUACUUUUCCUUCCACUUUAUGGAUAAGUCACUUCUUACAGUUGCUUUUCCUCUCCCUAUUUUUGGAUUUAACAGAACUGCAUACCUCAGGAAGGUUUUGCUUGUAGAGUACGAUGAAUUUUUUUUUUAAAUGACAACAGUCUUGAAAUUGUAAAUUGAUUUAUCUGUGAAUUAUCAAUAACAAUUGAAAUAAGGAAUGUAAUACCUUUUCAUGGAACUCUCAAUUGUAAGAAUUAACUGUUACAGCAACAUUGAGGAGACUUUGGAAAUAAUUCCCGCUGUAGUUAAUAAAAUGUUUCAUUUAAACA